CCCAUGAGAUUGUGGGAAUUGUUAUUUUAUUUUCUUUUUUAGUUUAUUUCUGAAAUUGUUUUAAAAUAAAUAAAAGGAUACUUCCAUAAAUUUGAAUUUUCAAAGCAAGUAUAUAAUAAUAUAACCCAGUUUCGAAAAACCGUUAACAAUUGAUUCCUAUGUUUGAAAAGUAGUUUAUAAUAUAGUAAAUUAGUUAGAGAUAAUGUUGGGCAUAGACAUGCAUCAGUCACUGGAGAUUUCAUUGGCUCAAGCUAGGAGCAUGCCGGCGGGGACUUUACCGGGAUGUGAAUCAGGAACUACGGCGAGAGUGACGAAGGGAGGAUCCGAAGGCACCGUCGCCGGAAUUCUCUACAAGUGAACUAAUUACGGCAAAAAGUAAUGGAGAUCAAGGUGGUUUUCGCUUCGUAAUAGUGUUAUCUUACUCCAAGAUUCACCAGCCGCAGGCGCUAAGCCUCCUCUCUCCGACCGGUGACGUCAGAUUGAUAGUUGAUAUAUAUAAACCAAUCGGAUUUCGAGAAAAGAGAAAAUCAAAUUAAAAAAAUUACAAAAAGAAAAAAAAAAGAACCAAUAAUUAUGAUGCUAAUGUAAUUCUUUUUUAUUUAGAGAGAGCUUAAUAUAGUUAAUAUUUUGAUUCAAAAAUAUUAACUGGUGUUAGAAAUUUUUGUCAUUUUAUACUAAUUUUAGUGCCCUAAAAAUUGCAUCUGAAGCAAUUAAAUUGUGAAUUGUUAGGCAUUUGUUAUCUUUUAUAGCUAAGAAUAAGAAAAGAAAAAAAAAAAAACAGGGGAGGGGGGCAUUAGGAAAUUGAAGAGCAAGAACCGUAGGUUUCUUGCAUUUUCUUGUAGUUUUCACCAAUUCAGUGCAACUGAAUCAUCUGACGAAGAUGAAACCUCCUUCUAUGACACAAAACAGUAUUUCACCGAACUCGCUGUUAGUUUUCAAUGCUUAAGAAGGGCAGCUGAUCGAGCAGAUAAUCAGAAAGAAACUGAAAAUUACUGUGGAAAAGAUGCAUGGUGAUAAAGAAGAUUGUGAUUCCGGAUAUCCUCAAAUCAAAAAGCGAAAAAAGCUUCCCGAUCCAGUUCUAAGAGAGAAUGGGGUUAGCCUUUGGUCUCUGAUCAAAGACAAUGUGGGAAAGGAUCUCACACGAGUUUGUCUCCCUGUUUACUUCAAUGAGCCAAUAUCAUCCCUUCAGAAAUGUUUCGAGGACCUAGAAUAUUCGGAUCUUUUGGACAGAGCAUACAAGUAUGGAAAAGAAGGGAACAGCCUCCAACGGAUUCUUAAUGUUGCUGCAUUUGCUGUUUCUGGGUAUUCUUCUUCUGAAGGCCGGCAUUGUAAGCCUUUCAAUCCUUUACUAGGAGAAACUUUUGAAGCGGACUAUCCUGAAAAAGGAGUUCGUUUCUUCUCUGAGGUUAGUCACCAUCCAACCCUUAUUGCAUUUCAUUGUGAAGGCAAAGGGUGGAAAUUCUGGGGUGACAGUAACCUCCGCUCGAAGUUUUCUGGGCGUUCAAUUCAGCUUGACCCUGAUGGCGUUCUGACCCUGGAGUUUGAUGAUGGUGAAACAUUUCAGUGGAGCAAGGUAACUACUAAUAUUUAUAAUCUCAUCCUUGGUCAAGUAUAUUGUGAUCACCAUGGAUUGAUGCAAAUUCGUGGGAACAGCCAAUAUUCAUGCAAACUCAAAUUCAAAGAGCAAUCUCUUAUUGAGCGGAACCCUCACCAGGUCCAUGGAUUUGUUGAAGACCAUUCAGGUAAAAAGGUUGCUACAUUAUUUGGCAAAUGGGAUGACAGCAUGUAUUAUGUCAAUGGUGAGGUGAAGAGGAGUGGCAAGCCAAAGGUCUGCUGUCCUUCAGAGGCCACCUUGCUAUGGAAAAGGAAUGAGCCAGCUCCUAAUCCGACUCGCUACAACUUAACAUCAUUUGCGAUCACACUAAAUGAGAUAACACCUGGGUUGCAGGAGAAGCUCCCACCUACAGAUUCUAGGCUUCGACCAGACCAACGUCAUUUAGAGAGCGGGGAAUUUGAUAGAGCAAAUUCAGAGAAACAACGGUUGGAAAGGAGGCAAAGAAUGUCGAGAAAACUACAAGAAAGUGGCUGGAAACCUAGAUGGUUCCGGAAAGAUGGUAAUGGAAGCUACCACUAUGUGGGCGGAUAUUGGGAAGCAAGAGAGCAGGCGAACUGGGAUGGAUGCCCAGAUAUAUUUGGUGAAUUCAACGAAGAAACUGUUGAUUCCUCUGGAUGAUAACUCGACUCGUAUUCAACACUUGCAUCCAUUUCGAAGUAACAUGAAUGAACAAACAUUAAGAGAUAGUCAUGGAGCACAUUCAGACAAAAUUUGAUUCCUGAUGACCGCCAUUAUCUGUUCUCAGAGAUUGCAGACCAAUAUUCAGAUGUUCAUCCCAAGAGGUAACCAAUAUUUAAACCUGAUGCCGCGGAUGAAUAAGAGAAGUUGGUGGAAGUUCAAGGAUUCAUACCAUAUAUAAUGAAAGUUUUUGUUUUGAGAAAAUGUUAAUUUUGAAGGAAUUUUUUAUUGAUUCAAACAUCGAUUUUUUUAAAAAUAUAUUGUAUAAUAUUUCAUUUGUAAAUUGACAAAUUUCACCUUUUGAAUUUAUUCAUUUAUUAUGUAUUACAUUUGAAUCCAACAGAAAUGAGAAGCAUAUUAACGAAAA